AUGUCGACAUUCAAUGAUCUGGGCCAGCGCCCCAAAAAGAAGCCCUCAACGACGUACAACGGCAAGCCGGGUCUCAAAUCCCGGUCGCAAACAUCGACACCACCCAUCACCGGCGCGUCGGAGUCCUCUCAGUCCGGUUCACAAACUCCGGCAAAGGACAUCUACGAAUACGACUUUGUUGACGAUGUGCCGCCACCACCGAAAUCCGUAACGAAACCGCGACCCUUGUCUUCCGCACGCCCACCAUUGACGACUCCCCGACCGAGCAACAAAAGCACAGCCAGCACGGGUCUCGCUCCAUCACCGAUGCCGGCGUCUACUGCUACGCCGCGCCAUCUUCCUAGUAUUAAGAGAGGCAAUACGACACGGGAGACGCUCGACGCUGUGCGCGGUGUGAAACGGAAGCCAUCUCCGAACGAGUCUACGCCUAUGUCGCGCCCCAGUGCAAGUGCUCAACGCCCAAGUACAAGCACCCAACAUCCGAGUGCUAGUGCCCAGCGUCCCAGUGCCGGCGCACAACGUCCGGCUGCUGGCUUUGCUGCUUCGUCUCCUCCAGUCAGCAGAAAUUCAUACUCGACACAGGCCAAAAAGGUCCAGCGGAGAUCGCCCAGCCCAGGCCCUACUUCGGUCGGUGCGUCAUCUCCGCUCUUUAAACAAAGCAAAGCGAUUGGAAAGGUCACAGAGUCGAGUUCGUCACGGCCGGUCAGCUCGCCUCGUCAACGCGCUACAAAGACUCCACCAAAGGAACCGGCUGGGUUGAAGAGCCCCCUGGGUAUCCGUUCACCAUCGGCAUCACCAAGAAAGACGCUGUCAACGUUUGCUGCCGCAUCGGCUACGACGGCCGUUCGGAAAUCGGGGUCAAAAUCGCCUCACCCGAUGCCCAUCCGUCCGGUGGACAACCUACCUUCGAACAGCGGCCACGCGACGCCGCGAAAGUCACCUCAGCGGCCAGCAUCGGUUGUGCGGGAGGUUUAUAAACCGCCGCCGUCCACGCAAAGAAAACGUCGCCGUCUGAUCGAUACCCUUGCCUCUCAGAUCGAAGACGAGUCUUCCUCGGAUGAGGAAGCCAAACCGGCCGAAGACCCCGCUGCAAAAGACGAGAGCGACGGCAAUGCAAGUAGCGACGAAGACCCUAUCUUGGCGAGAUACCGAAAUGUACGCAGCACGCCCGUUAGCGAGGGCCCGGGAGGGCACAUGGACUUGGACAGCCUGGCGACAGCGUCGCCCAGCAAAGUCUCGAUCGCUCCAUCGACGCCGGCUACGAUCACGCGGCGCACCACGACAAGACGGCCCGGGGUCAAGUUUACAUACAACCUGGAGAGAACGAUUUUGGCAGAGGAGCCGGUGGAACUGGGUGGACCUCAGGGCAGCGAUCUGUCGCUGUUGGAGAGCCUGCUUCCUGAGCCCGAAGCGAAGCCGGCUGCGUUUGACUUUGACGAGGAUAUGGGUGGGGCAUCACAAGGUGCCAUCCAGAGCAUUCACGAGCUUCGCCAGGCGGGCGCCAAUAGCCGGUAUGCCGACGAGCUGGUCGACAUCAUGGAUCGCGUUGGUGCGCCGAGCUCUGGCAAGCCAUCGUCGGCCAGACGUUCCGCGCUCCUCGAGAUGGUCCACAAGCUCCAGGAAAAGUCCUUCCUACGCCAUUUCAGGGACCACGGUGCCGAGAUGCAGCUGUUCCGGAAUGUUGGGAAGGAAACAGACGUCGUUGCUGGAUAUGCCAUUGCCGGUAUUGUCGUCACGCUUCUGGCUAGUGGCUCAGCAUCUCACCGCCUCUUGCGCGAGCUCCGGCAGCAAAAAAUAAAAGACCUCUUCCUGACUCUCCUUGCGACCGACUCGGAUAUUGUGAGCUUCUCGAAAGAUCGGAAAGCCAAUGUCUCCAACCAUAUGCGCCAGCAGCUGGGCACGCUCAAGGAGACACUAAGGAAGCUGUCGGCCAUUUGGAAGCCUGCGUCUGGCCCUCCAUCGCAGCUGUCGCCACGGACGGUGUCAUUGAAGGCUCUGCACAUGUUUGCGCAGCAACUGCAGUCCGAAUCUGGUGGUGUGAGUGGCAUCGACGAGGACGACGGCGCUCUAUCUGCGGCACUCACCAAGGAACUGUUUGGUAUUAUUUCGUCUGCUCUUCCCUCAGCUUACGACGACGACGGGUCGACACCUGAGUCCCCGCUUCUGGCGUCUGGGCUAUCGAGCGAUGCCGACUCAGCGGAUCUGUUCCUGUCGCUGUCCCUUUUGGAGAUGCACUCCGUGUCAGCUAUGCAGUCUGACAUCAGUGCCGAGUGGACGCGGCACUACCUACCAAUCAUCGCCAGCGCGUUAGGCGAAUCCCUGGAGCGCCAUGAACAGAGCAGUCUACGCCUUAACGACCUCGAGCUGCUGGUUUUGAAGCUGGCGCUUAACACGGCCAACAACAACCCAGAUGCUGCACGAUACUAUGUGGACAAGGGCUUGCUGCGGCAGCUAGCGGAACUGAGCUCCGGCGCCCUUGCUGGUGUUGUUCGCUCGGCGAAGACGGGCGAAGAGUUUGCCUCUGACGCACUGAACGAGCUGCUGCUCAUGCUCGGUGUGAUGAUUAACUUUUCGGAGAACGAUGCUGCUGCGGGCGAGACCCUGGAGCAGGGUGGUGGCCUGGCCGUUUUUGACCGGCUGGGCAAAGCGUUCCUUGACGGCACUGCGGUUGCAUCUGAGCUUAACGUGGCAUUUGCGUAUCUCUCUAUUCUACUCGGCUACCUCUGUCUGCAUGACCCCAUCUACCAGGCUUUCAAACUGCUUUCUCCGAGCGGCAACCUCAACCCUCUUCUCGAGUCGAUCCGGCAAUUCAUCACUCUGCAUGACCAGAUCGGAAAGGCCGAAAACUCGGAGCACGGCGCAGAGGCUAGCCAGUUCACAGCCCGCCUCCGGGCGCUGACCCAAGAGCUGGAUGCCCGAUCGUACUAA